AAAUUGGUGAGAGUUAGCGUGUUGAAUGAUGCUUUGAAGAACAUGUACAAUGUUGAAAAGGGGGGAAAGAGACAGAUCAUGAUUAGACCUUCCUCAAAAGUGAUUGUCAAGUUUCUUCUGGUGAUGCAGAAGCAUGGAUACAUUAGGAAGUUUGAGUAUGUGGAUGAUCACAGAGUGGGUAAAAUUGUUGUUGAGUUUAAUGGGAGGUUAUACAAGUGUGGUGUAAUUAGUCUUCGUUUCGAUGAGAACGUCAAGAACAUCGAAGGAUGGACUGCAUGGUUGCUUCCAUCAAGACUGUUGCUGACUACAUCUGCCAGCAUCAUGGACCACGAGGAAGCCAGGAGAAAGAAUGCUGGAGAAAAAGUUCUUGGUUUCUUUUACUAA